GCCCAAGCCGAGUCCUGUGCCCUUUGCCACGUUGCAUCACAGGGCUGAGAGAGGGGAAGUGGGCGCCUCUGUUCGUCGCAGAGUCUCCUCGGCGUCCACACGCCCUGCAGCAUCUCUGCUUGCACUGACACCCCCCUCCGUGGCCGAUCGACUAGGAAAAAGCCUGUGUCGUCUCCGAGUGCUGCAGGUGUUGUCAACUCUGUCCUUGCUCAGCCUGCGAGUACCACAACUGAGCCCUCCUACGGCCAUGAACAAUUGCGUGACCUUCGGCUCAGAGCAGACCUUCCUCCCUGUGCUCUAUGGGGGUGUCUUCUGUGUGGGGCUGCCUGUCAACUGCCUGGCCCUGUACGGCUUGUACCGGCUGGUCAAGGCUGACUACGCCCUCCCGGUCUACGUCAUCCAUCUCCUGAUCGGCGACCUCCUGCAGAUCCUGACCAUGCCCCUCUGGAUCGACUACUACCGCAGGGGCCACAGCUGGCAAUUCGGGGACGCCGUCUGCAGGCUGGCCAGCUACGCCUUCGGCACCAGCCUCUACACCAGUAUCACCUUCAUGUCCUGCAUCGCCCUGGAGCGCUACCUGGCCAUCGUCCAUCCCCUCCGGUUCCAGGACCUGCCCAAGCUGAAGAUCGCCCACCUGCUUUGCCUGACCUUCUGGGUGGUGGCGAUCGUCAUCCAAGCCCUGGGCUACCACUACGGCUUCGAGAGCACCCAGGGGGGGCUCUGCUUGGAGAACUACCCCAAAAAGAGGGAGUUCCUGAAGUUCCAGUUGAUUGUCAUGCCCUUCACCUUCCUUCUCCCCGUGGUCCUCUUCGGGUUCCUCUCCUUGAGGAUUCAGAGAAGCCUCCGCCGGGAUCCCUUCAUGACUGCCGAGAAGAAGCAGAGGAUCAUCAGCCUUCUGGUGGUGGUCCUGCUCCUCUACGUCCUGAUCUACGGGCCCUACCACGUCACCUCCUACGUCCUCUGCCUCGGGAUGCUGCAGGCCAGGCACAGCUGCGAGUACGAGGACCGGGUUUUCCUCUGUCUGCGGAUCACACUGGGGAUCCUUAGCCUGAACCCCGUCCUAGACCCCGUCAUCUACAUCUUCCUCCGGCAUGAUGUGCGGGAGACGAUGGACUCCUUCCCCCUGUUGCGCCGCCUGCUCAGUCUAACGAGCACCUCCGGGAAGGCGACGGGCGAUCAGGAGCCUGACGCCAGCACCCAUCUCGGGUCCGACAUACAGCUGGGGGAAUGAGGUCCGCGGUCUGCACGGGUCAGAGCAUUCGGACCCCCCGAAGCAGAUGAAGAGAGUCUUGGUACUUGCGCAAAUUAAAGUAAAACAGGUCAGGAACGAGAAGAGGUCUUUCAGUCCAUCUAGCUCAUUGGCUCUUUGGCAGUUAAUUGAUCUGGGGAUUUCAUUCUGGCUUUUCUUGAAAGAAGGCUGGGUAUCAGCUUCCACGAUGUCGGCUUCAACAGGUAGCCCGUUCCUUCCUCUUACCUCCCGUGUGUGAAGAAGAAAGGCUGUAGGCAGCCCUUUUCCUACUCCCACCACCCCCUGCGCAAAGCCAUUUCUCCUGUCCUGGCUGAAGGAUAGUGUCUAGCCAUGUCACGAGAAAAGCCAGAGUACUGGCUGCAGCACCAUGGGUGGGGCAGCUUGUUCCACACUCCCGCCACCUUGCGUGUAAAGAGGCGCCUCCUGUCCUGAUGGGGGGGGGAUUUCACCUCAGCUUGCGCCCCGACUACCAGAGGGUUUGCCUUAACUUUCCCGGGCCAGCCCAUGCCACAGAUUUCAAACCUGUGGAAAACCCAUGGAUGUUGAUGGUGAUGUUGAUGGUGGGACAUGACAUUGUCCUCGUCUGACAUGCCAGCAAAGGAAAGCCUGACAAGAUAAGUUGCACACGUUUCACACCUGUGGAAUAUAUAGUGCUCAUGCUGUUCUGGGAGGGUUGUUCCUACUUGUUGUUGCCUGUGAGAAAAGCAGCACUUGGGUUUGCAGGCAUAAGUUCUAGUCCCCUGUGUGUGAAACAAUAUCACUCGCUGAAUUAAGUGUAAAAAGUGUGAUUUUUCAUCAACAUUUAUUAAUCUACACAGUUCUCCGUCUCUUUUAAGGCGAUUGAAUAUGUAUAUCCAUGAAAGUACACUAUGAGUAUUCUUUAGCUCUGAUGAAGUAAGACAACAAACAUCCAGGGUGCCAAUACCUAAGUCAGCAAAUUCAACCAAGUAAAUAUACUAGCAGGGCAAGAUUGUAUCCCCAGUUUUAAAAAAAACAUUUGUUUUUCUGCCCCCAAAUCAAUUCUCACUGUUUCCAUUAUAUAUUCAGUAAUGACAUAUAUUGAUGUAUCUUUGAUAUACUGUUCUAAUACUAUCGUUUCUUGCUUUUAAAGACUGAAUCGAUAAAGUUAAAAAAAAGUUAAUACAACUAUCAAUCAUCUGUGCACAUUAAUGGCUUGAAAAUAAUACUGUAAGA